AUGGUUGACUUCAAUCAGCACGUUGACAGCUCCUCUUCCAUCCCGUCGGAGAAGUUUUUGACUAUGAUGGAAUCUUAUGGCUUUCAUCAAUAUGUGACGGGUCCAACGCAUGACAAGGGCCACAUGCUUGACCUUGUGUUCGCAAGGCCCGAUGAUGGCCUUAUCUCAUUCGCAUCUGUCACUAGUAGGAUCAGUGACCAUCAUACUGUGGAGUGUCGUCUGACGAUCUGUCCACCACUUUGCCCAACAAAGCGGGUGCUCUAUCGCCUUCUUAAAUCGAUAGAUUGUGAUGCUGUUGAAGAAGAUAUUCUGGCUCUGCCCCUGCUGACCAAUCCGGAGACAUCUCUGGAUGGACUGGUAGCACUGUACAACGACGGGCUUACUCUUCUGCUGGACAAGCACGCGCCAGUGAAGAUGAAGUCUAUCGUCUUAAGACCGUCUGCGCCAUGGAUAAAUGAAGAAAUUCAACUGAGGAAAGCUAAAAGAAUCUGGAGAAUGAACAAACUGACCGUCAGCUUUGAGAUCUACAAGGACCACGCCCAUCGGUACUCGGUUUUACUCAAAAGAGUGAAGUCAGUACACAUGCAGAGUGAGGUGGCUGAGUGUGGCACUAACCAGCGGGCACUGUAUGGAUUGGUGAAUCGGCUAAUGGGAAAGAGUGAUGUGUCUAGCCUCCCACCCCACUCCUAUGAACAAGUUCUAGCAGACAACUUUGGUGAAUUUUUCAGCUCCAAAGUGUCCAAAAUUCGAGCAGCCAUAGAUGCUGCUGCAAAACGGAGUGAGGUGGAGAUGAAUAACGUCGUACCGCAUCAGUUCUUGUCUAGUCAUGGCGAAAAUGCUGUACUUUGUGUUUUUGUGCCGGUUUCAGAUGAAAUGGUGAAGAAUUUCAUCAUGGCAUCGCCUACUAAAUCGUGUCGUCUUGAUCCAGUUCCAACUUUUCUUCUCAAGAAAGUUUUGUGUCCACUCGUACCUACCAUAACUAAAAUUGUGAAUCUCUCUCUCUCGACGGGAACUUUCCCGUUGGGCAUAAAGCAUGCGAUGGUCACGACUCUUGACGCCAGCGAUCUGGGAAAUUACCGCCCGGUCUCCAACCUCUCUUUCUUGUCAAAACUGAUAGAGAGGAUUGUUGCAGCUGAGUUGAUGGACCAUCUUGCAGCCUUCGACGUGUUACCCACCCCCCACCCCCGUCAAUCUGCCUACUGA